AUGACUAGUGCUACAGUCCCGAGAAUCUAUAUCCACCCAGAUGCGCACGAUACUGUCCUUCCACAUCUCCUCCCUCACCUCCCCUGGUCUCUCAAUCAAGAAUACCUCAUAGUUCAUCCAGCCUCGUCGUCGUCUCUCGUCCUCGCUUCAUUUGCCCCUACCACGACUCCACCCGAUUCAGAGCCAUGGUCCGUCGCAAUCCUCGACCUCUCCCGCCCCGGUGAGGUCGAGUUAUGGUUCUGGUCCUCAGUCGAGUUCGAGCCUUCACAUCCAGCGCCAGAGCCUAACAACGACGACCCGCCGCUCGAGAAGGCUCGAUUUGCUGAAGCCUACCGGCUUCUACACUCCACUCUCAGCUUCAUCGCCCACCUCUACCCAACCAAACAUAUCCUUUCCGUUGGCUCUCUGAACAUGCACUACCUCCCGCACAUUCCACCCGACGUCCUACAGCGCCUCACAGAGCCAUACGUGAAACUCCUCUUCACCCGAGAUACCGUCGCCCCUGUCACGGAGGCGCACGAGGCACGGUACAUAUGGAGGACGAUGGCGGAGGAAGACCUAGAUGAGGUGGUCUCUACGUCAGCUGUGAAGAGGGUGGUGGCGACGCUCGCAAAGCUCUCGAAUACGGGCGCCUAUCCUCGUUCAUCUCCGAACGCGAAAGGGCCAGACGCCUGGUGUUUCACCACUAUCGAGGGCUCAAUCGGUACACUGUACGUUCGGCCCGAGGCACGACGGACUGGACUGGGGAAGGCGGUCAUGCGGGUCGAGCUCAUGAAGAUAUUCGAUGGUGUCGGGGCUGAUGAGUGUGAUGGGUCGGAAAGGUGGAAGAGGGAUUACGUUUCGGUGGACAUUGCGGAGAAUAACAUAGCGAGUAUGGGAGUCUGCAAAGGGCUUGGAGCUAAAUGUUGGAGGGGGUGGAAGUGUGUGUGGUUGGGGAUUUAUUUGGACAAGUUUAGACAACCUGAGUGA